CCCCUUUCAUCCCCACCUCCCAGUUCCAAGCUUGCUACACCUACACCUUCUUUGCAAAUUUCCAGCUAGCUAUAGCCUGCAAAGUUUAGUGCACCAUGGGCAUGGCUGAAAAGGGGUCGGCGGCGAGGAAGACCGGGCUGAUCACCAAGACGCUGGACCGGUGCCGGAGCACCACAGCGAGGAGCAACAAGCCAACGGAGGGCUGCUUCUCGGUGUACGUCGGCGCGGGCAGGCAGCGGUUCGUGGUGCGGAUGGAGUGCUUGAACCACCCGCUCUUCCAGGCACUGCUUGAGGAGGCCGAGGAGGCGUUCGGGUACGCGGACGCAGGUCCCCUCCAGCUGCCCUGCAACACCGAAGCGUUCGCCAGCGUGCUGGAGAGGAUCGAGGAGGAGAAGCAUAUGGCGGUGGGGAGGAGGCACGGCCUCGCCAGGGGGAACUCCUACCGACUGCUCAGCACCGGCCGGCCUGUCAUCGUUGGCCGGUCGUAGCAUGCAUAUCCAUUUGUAUCGGAUAGGAUGCAUGAUGCCAAGUUCACGAGCUAGCUCUGAGUUUAUGUUGCGCUCAUGUUCUCAGACUAUCAUGUAGAGCAGCAGAGUACAUAUUUGGAAGCGACCGUAUACUAGGCAAUAUUAGAUAUUUUUCUUUCUUAUACUCCUUUUUCUACUUUUGUGACAAGGCACUGUUAAUUAGAUGUUAAUGUGUAUUCUCCUCCUAAGUUGUAGUAACCGUCGGUGAAAAGUGUUAUAGUACAGAUAGUCAGAUACACGACUGAA